CAUCAGUCACGAGGCUCAGAGGAGGACCUUCAGCUACAGAAGAAUACCUUCUUGAUAGACUGACUCGCUGGAUUAUAUCUUUAGUUCUUUAUGAAGGGGGAAUCGUGUCUUCUCCUUAACUAGAUACCAGUGUAUAAGAUCAUUAUUCUGUGAAGGAGGGAGCCUUCAUUAAAAACAGCUGAAUGGCGCGGUGUUACUGUCGCUGGCGCAGGGUGUUGAUCUGUCUGUGCACACCUUGCAUCUUCCUGAUCCUGCUGUUCACCUAUGUUAGUAUCAUGCUGUGUAUGGGCAUGAAUGAAGUGGCAACACCGGCGAAUACGUUCAUAGCAACGAAUCCUCAUUUUGUGGCCAAUGGACUUUUAAAAAAUGAGACCUUCGCCCCGCUCCCUAAAACUUUCUGGGAGGACCAACAGCAGACAAAGGCUCUUUGGAACCAUCUCCAGCAGGCCGUCGACUACCAUUUUAACCCCAUCCUGCAUCCCAAAAAAAACAAGAGAUUAUUAAGGAAUAGCAGCUUUUAUGAUUUCCUACUGAAGCGGAGCUUCUCUGAAGUUGCCAGCUUUGACAGCGUCAUGGAAGACUUUGACAAGCUACCAGAGCAGUUGCAAAGGUUUGUGAGGCACAUGCAAAGGAGAGACUACCCAAUUCUCCACCACCCAGAUGGAGGAUGUGGAGCUCAGGGGAAAGGUGAGCAGGAGCCCACUCUGCUUCUCUUCGCCAUCAAAACAACACCGGCUAACUUCAACAACCGACAGGCUAUUCGGCAGACGUGGGGCCAGGUGGGAUGGGUGGCAGGACAGAAGAUAAACGGCAGUGGCAGGGAUAAUGUUGGAGGAUAUGUCCGCAGGGUGUUUCUACUGGGCAAGCAAAACACCAAAGAACUGAGUGUGGAUGUGUCUGAAUUACUGAAGUGGGAGAGUAACCUUUAUGGAGACAUUCUGCAGUGGGACUUUGAGGAUACAUUUUUCAACCUCACCUUGAAGGAUGUGCUCUUCUGGAGCUGGUUCUCACGCUUUUGCAGGCAGACCCGCUUUGUCUUUAAAGGAGAUGACGAUGUCUUUGUCAACACCCCAAAACUGAUAACCUACCUCCAGAUCCAGCUACAGACGGCACGUGUAAAAAACAACAUGCAAGAAUUUAUGAUUGGAGAAGUCAUCGAAGCAGCCUCACCCAACCGAGUCAACAUCUCGAAGUACUUCAUCCCAGACAGCUUCUACGAAGGGUCAUACCCCACAUAUGCAGGCGGUGGAGGGGUGGUGUAUUCAGGCCAGGUGGCCAGACGCCUGCACCUAAUGUCUAAAAGAGUUCACCUGUUCCCCAUCGAUGACGUUUUUGUGGGGAUAUGUAUGAUUCGACUCAGUGCCUUCCCCAUGCACCACCCUGCCUUCCUCAUGUUUGACUUUCCCAAAGAUGAUUGGAAAGACCCGUGUUUGUACCACACCGUCUUAGUGGUCCAUAAGCGAAGCCCCAAACAGGUGGUUCAGCUUUGGGCCGGCUUGAAAGAGACACAGGCACAAUGUGGAGAUGUGCCUCUGAGGGAUGAAGAGAAGAAAAACACAAGUAAAACCACUGUGCAGCUAGACUGAAAGGCCUUCAGCCAGAAACCACUGAUUAAAUAUGACCCACGCCCCCUUCACACCUGGGCACAUGUGUUCACGCACAUGAUCAAUAGAGGGUCAUAACCACCUCCAGGGGACUACGCCCACAGGGGUUUAAA